CCCGUGGGCCCAAGGCCCGGCGCGGCGCGGCGAGCGUCCGUGCGUGCGCGCGCGCGCGCGCGUGCGUCCGAGCGAUUUGCGAUCAGGCGGCGCGGCGGACAGCCCCGGCGGCGGGGCGGGGGGGAGUUAUAUUGCGGGGUCCUUCCUCGCUCACCCUGGUUCCUCUCGGAGCGGAGACGGCAAAUGGCGGACUUCGAUACCUACGACGAUCGGGCCUACAGCAGCUUCGGCGGCGGCAGAGGGUCCCGCGGCAGUGCUGGUGGCCAUGGUUCCCGUAGCCAGAAGGAGUUGCCUACAGAGCCCCCCUACACAGCAUACGUAGGAAAUCUACCUUUUAACACGGUGCAGGGUGACAUAGAUGCGAUCUUUAAGGAUCUCAGCAUAAGGAGUGUACGGCUAGUCAGAGACAAAGACACAGACAAAUUUAAAGGAUUCUGCUAUGUAGAAUUCGAUGAAGUGGAUUCCCUUAAGGAAGCCUUGACAUACGAUGGUGCACUGUUGGGCGAUCGGUCACUUCGUGUGGACAUUGCAGAAGGCAGAAAACAAGAUAAAGGUGGCUUUGGAUUCAGAAAAGGUGGACCAGAUGACAGAGGCUUCAGGGAUGACUUCUUAGGGAGCAGGGGAGGUAGUCGCCCAGGUGACCGGCGAACAGGCCCCCCAAUGGGCAGCCGCUUCAGAGAUGGCCCUCCCCUCCGCGGAUCCAACAUGGAUUUCAGAGAACCGACAGAAGAGGAAAGAGCACAGAGACCACGACUCCAGCUUAAACCUCGAACAGUCGCGACGCCCCUCAAUCAAGUAGCCAAUCCCAACUCUGCUAUCUUCGGGGGUGCCAGGCCCAGAGAGGAAGUUGUUCAGAAGGAGCAAGAAUGAGCCUGUGGUUGGGAGGGAAUGGGGCGUGGGGGGUGAGAGCAGGACCACGGCCUGGUGAGUCCCCGGGCGUCCUGCCGCCCCACUCCCGCGCCUGCCAUUGGCCCCCUCACAGCGGAAACAGCUUGUGAGUGCAUGUCGGCUGUUAACAAGUGGUUUUUAGUACAUUCUGGGCUUUGCUGUAUCUCUCUAGUGCCUGUCUGUGCAGUUUUUUCUUUCUUCCGCUGCUUCCCCAUUUCCCUUCUGUCCUUUUCCUCCUGCUCCUUGUUUUCCCAGCAGCACAUGGGGUUCCGCGGAGGAGCGGAGGUGGCUGCCGUGGUGGCCGCCGUGGGGAGUCGUUUGGGCUGCGGUGCUGCGUCAUUUUUCUCCUUUGCUUUCUCUUUUACUUUAGCGCCUGGCCCAACUCCAGGCGUCUCCUUUCAUUUCCUCAGUGCUUCUCUUCUGACCUGCAUGUGGAGUUCUGUAUUGCUGGGGCUUCCACAAAAACCAGAAGUCACUGACAGAUGGAACUGCUCCUUGUUGGUAUUCAGCUGUGACAGACAGAAUCGCAGGCACCUUGUUUUCACACUAGGAUAAAACUCUCUGCAGGGUCCUUUCCAUUCCUGUUGGGAAGGGAGUCCUGGCUCCCUGACCCCUCCCCAGGGGACUGUCCAAGCAGAUAGGCUCGUGAGAGAAACAGUGAGAACUGAGAGUGGGGGCCUGGAACAGCAGUAGGGAGUCCACGGAGAAGACGGCGAGUGCUCGCAGGCGUUCACGCGCGUUUGUUGCCACUCUUUCAAGGCCGAGUCCCAGCUGGUAAACUCCUCUCACCAGGCGUGGUCGGGGCUCCCCUCCGGCUGGGUGCAGUGAACGGCGAGCUGGUUUCUUUUCUGCUGGGCCGAGGCACUUUGGGGGUGGAGGGCUGGUGCUGGCGCGGUCGCGGCGUUUCCCCCCAUUCCUGUUGGCUGCAUGUUUGUGUUGGUCUGUUCUGGUCUAGGCGACAUGAUGAGAUACUGUGCUUCCCACCUCCCCUUCAGUUCAGAGCCAAAAUGGUCUAGAAUCUGGCACUUCACUCAUCUCUUGUUGAAAUGAGCUGUACUGUGCAGAGCUGUCAGGACCCUUCAGCUAGCCGUAGAGGACUGCAGCUGUCUAGGUCUGGGACACACUGGGUUGUUCCCAUGUGCAGGAUUUAGCACUUACCUGGGGGUUAGUGCUAGGGCGUAGGCUUCUGAGCUUAACACCUCCGUGUGAACAGAUGAAAUACCCUUCAGUACCCACGUCCCAGUCUGUCCUGUGGGGAGCAGUUCAGGGGCGGCCAGCAGCAGGCGCCUAGGAAAGAGACCCUCGCCGGGUGCUGGCGGGGCCAGGGUGGCCGGGGCGCCCAGCGUCGUGUGCUUAGUAGUUGGUCACCAGCUGCCAUCCUUGGCUUCUCCCACUGUGUCUUUGUGACAAGGCCUCAGCAAUCCACAGAACUCUCUCUCUCCUUCCCUCCACCUGUCGGCUUCUCUGCUUCCAAGAUAAGAACCAUUUGUGUAACACCAAUACUAAACUUCAGAAAGACAUGCAUUAUGUGGUGUAAUCAAACCCGAUGCUUUCAGAUGACCUACUUACAUCUUCAAUGUGGAUAAGACAAAGAACAAAACAAAUGCAUCUAAACUUCUGGGCAACCCAGUUGACUUUGCAGUGUGAGAAUGGAAUUCCAAACACUUAACACUUCAGCUAUAUGACAGAAAGUGAAUCUAUGGAUAUGGUAUUUUGUGAAUGAUCUUUUAAAUAAAAGAAAACCUUACGUAAUAUUUAA